CAUCCCCGGGGACACUUCCACGGCACGGCACGGCCCGGCCCGGCCAGCCCCACGUCCUGGUCCUGGUCCUCCCCCUUCGCCCCCUUUGCCCUCCGAGCCCCAGUGGUCCCCCGGGGGCGCGCUCCCCCCCACCGCCGCCGCCCUACCCGCCGCCGCAUCGCGUCACGGGACGGAGUGCGUGCGUCCCUGCGUCCCUUCCGCCCCGUCCCGCUUCUUCCUGCCCGUUCCUACCCUUUCCCACCCCCCGGCGCCAUGUCGGUGUUCCACGAUGAGGUGGAGAUCGAGGAUUUCGAGUAUGACGAAGAGACGGAGACCUACAGCUACCCCUGCCCCUGCGGGGACCGCUUCCUCAUCACGCGGGAGGACCUGGAGAACGGCGAGGACGUAGCCACCUGCCCCAGCUGCUCCCUCAUCCUGCGUGUCAUUUACGACAAGGAGCAGUUCAUGCGUGAUGAAGUCAUUGCAGAACCUUUGACAAACAAGGAAUUGGUUAAGUGCUGAUGAAUGUACGUCAUGAACUGUUGCUGCUAUUAGAGUAAGAAAAAGUGGGGAUGGCAACUGUAGAAAGAGACAUGGUCCACCUCCUGGAAGUGCUUGCUGCUGUAACAUCCAAGUGCAAUAACUGUCUUCAUAAUUUGAAUGAGAAUUUGCUGGAACAUCAACAUGUGAAUGGGUUUUGUUCAAAAGGGUUAUACAUUUUAAAAAAAUACAGAAGUUGCCGUGUGUAUUCCAGAAGACUCAAGGAUUGUGAUCCUAAUUGACAGAACUCAAUAUACAGAAGUGCAUGGAGCUGUGAAAUUGUUGUGUUUAUCUAGCAGUGGCUUCUUAGCCUGUGGGGAAGAGCAGGCUCAGUGUGGGCAUAUACCUGUGCUAAAUGGAAUAGAGAACUGCAAAAUUGAGAGGUCUGUGUGACGUCAUACAGAAUUAAAGCUUUGACACACUGUGGUCUCACCUAAAAUGUGGACUUGCAUGCUUCCAGCCCAUACUGAAUGUGGGCAAAAGCAAGAGACCUAGAGCCAGUGCUAUUGGUGAAUUGUUUUUACUACUGUAAGCACAAAGAAGGUGCAGUUGUAUUUAUAUCUGCAUUGGAGGCAACUCCUGAGUUGGGGUAGGUUUGUUUCUUGAAUUUGCAGUUGCUUUGAAACAGCUUUGGUAGUUACUGUCAAAGGAUACUCCGAGAUAAUGUUGUGGGUAUUGGAUGAAAUGAAACAAGAGAAGUCAAAGCUUUUUUAGCCCUGCAAGGGUAGCAGUGUGCAAAUAGACUUGAAGUGGAUUGUAAAUUACCCAUAUUUUCUUAAUGACUUUAUAAAAUGGGCUGCAGUUGUUUGUGCACCUUGUAGUAGUAUAUUUGCUUAUUCUUUGUUAGGUUCUGUCUCAGAUAGGAGAUGCUCAUGUUUCACUUUAAUAAAAAGGAUUUUUUUAGUGUGGGGAAGAGUUGGAAGGAUAUACACACCCAAGUGCAUUGAUUUCAAGACUAAUUUCUGUAUUAUAAGCCACUGCAUUUAAAUAGUUAUUUAAAAUUAUGGUCACUAGUGUGUUUUAGUAGGAUUUCGUGUCUGAAGUUAAAUUUAAGGGAAAAGAUGUCCAGCAUUAAUGCAGCUAUUUUGCUCCAGGCACUACAGAUGAGCAAGUCUCACUGGAUUCUUACAUUUAACUAUAUUUGUUCUAACAGCAUUCUGUGAAUGCUGAAGAUGAAUAUUCUAAUUAUUAAAAAAAAAAACAAAACCGGCGCCCUUCAGUUAGAAUGCAAGAUGCACGAGUGUUUUCACUCCUACACCAGAAGGUGGCACUCACGUUACUUCCAUAUCAUCUUAAAAAAAAAAACAAAAAAAAACAAAAAAAAAAACCUGUGGAAUUUUGGCUAGCUAUAUGUU